AUGUUUGAAAAGGUUUGGUUAAAGAGAUCAUGGCCAGUAGGUGGUUCUUUUUUCAACCCGAAACGCGGACAAGAAGACGACAAUCCAGCAACGUUAGUCAAAUUCAGAAUGCACACAGAUCUGAACUCCAGCAUCUCCGCCUUCCUGUCAAAUUGUGAGGAUCACCAACUGUUCCAGUUGACGAGAUUCUACAUGGAGCGACUGGAGCAGUCGAUUGAGGAGGGUGUGGAGGAAGUCAGCUUCAUGUUAAAGGGCGAGGAUCACUUCACCGGGCAGGAGUAUCACAGCGUGACUGAGCUCGCGGAGAAGGGAAACCGAGCGGGAGCUUCCAAACAACUCCUGGAUCUGGUGAUGGAGAGGGGCUCCGGGGCCCGGAGGGUGAUGUGGGAAUCCUUUGUGAAACUACAUCAUCAUUUACCGAAGCUGAGCAGAAUAUUGAAUGAAAUACAGGAACGUGGUGAUGACCAGUUCGCCUACAUGGAUACUGAGCGGGGUUUCUCUGAAGUGCCCAAGCAUCUGAAAGAUGUUCAACAGAAACACAAGGAGACUCUGCGGACAGAGACUGAAACACUGAGAGUGAACACGAUCCUGAUGAGGGAGAAGGUGAAGGUUUUCCAGCUGGUUGAUCGAUACGCUGAGCUCACGGUCAUUUCUACUGUUCGAGAUCGGACACUGGUGGAACAUGAGCUGCUGGCAAGAGGCAGAGAUCACGAGGAGUGGAGAGAAAAAGAUCUCCGUGGUAAGCUAGAAAAAAUCCGGACUGAUCAGUUAUUCAAGAAGAGUUUUGUUCAAAAAUUGAAAAGAUCUAUCUUUAGAAACAAAUCAGGGAUGUCCGCAGCACUGGCCGGAGUCCCAGGGAUCGGGAAAACAACAAUGGUACAAAAGAUUGUUUACAACUGGGCCACGGGGAAGAUAUACCAACAAUUCCAGUUUGUCUUCAGUUUCAAAUUCCGGGAUUUAAACACCAUUAACUGCAGAAUAAACCUGAAGGAACUGAUUCUGCAUCAUUAUCCCUACUUUGGGAAUAUCCUGAGAGAGGUCUGGAAACACACAGAGGGACUGCUGUUCAUAUUCGACGGAUUGGAUGAAUUCAAGGACAAAAUCAACUUUGUUGAUGGUCGGACAGACACAGAAUCACAGUGCACAGAUCCUGAAUUCAAGUGCAAUGUGUCUGAUAUUGUGUGCAGUUUAAUCCAGGGCAAGCUGCUCCCAGGGUGUUCAGUGCUGGUGACCACCCGUCCCACUGCGUUACAUUUAUUGGAAAAGGCGGAUAUCAGUGUCUGGGCUGAAAUCCUGGGAUUUGUUGGUGAGGAACGGAAGGAAUAUUUCAUCAGGUAUUUUGAAGAUCAGACGGUGGCGGAAGCUGUUUUCAAACACGUGGAGGAGAAUGAGAUCCUGUACACCAUGAGCUACAACCCCUCCUAUUGC